AAUAUUGACAACACAAGGACUAGUUAUUACUUUUUACAUUUACGUGUACGCAUGUUUACCAUUCGUGUAACUUCUGAUAUAUCUCAACACGAUCCCCAAUCCAAACUGACAAGUUUACCCACGUAAUGUUCCUUGCAUUUGGGUCAAGUCGAUACAUGUACAACUCUUAAAAAUAUUUUUGUGGCGUUUUGGCAUAAUUUUUGACGCUGACUUGUCCGGGUUUUAAUCGUUGCUUUAUUCACUGAACUGUUGACAAAGUGUUAUUCUACAAAAAUGGCGCGACAUCCGGGUCCUGGCCCGCAGUGUGACGUCACCGAACUCCCGGAAGUUGGAACUCAAUUGAAUUCGUCACACCGUUUUUAAACAGCUGAGCACUUUAAAGUUAGUUGCAGGACGUCUUUGGCGAGUUGUGCGUAAACUCUGGAACCCUCAAGAGGCGAUGAAAGAAAGCAGUCAUGAGGAGGAGGAGGAAAGACAUGAGCUGCCUGGCUCGGCAAGGCUGAAAGGGGCGGAGCCUGGGUGGAGCCACGCCGCUUCAAAGUGCAGUGCAGAUGCUCGCACACUUUUCAGCAGGCUGAAGCUCCACUAAGGUCUGCAGCUGGUCCUCGCUGGGAAGGAGGGGUGGAGAGACGAUCGGAGGAGGCGAACAUCUCCCUCCUGAGCACGCUGACUAGACGGGAAGCAGAAGAAGAGAAAGCGUCAUGGCCUCCUCCUGGUUGACCAGAAGUAGCGGCCGGGUUCUCCUCCGCCUCCUGCCGAGGACGCUGCUCCUCCUGCUGCUACUGCUUCUCCUUGCCCAGCAGGCGCAGGCGGCGCUCCACUCCAGCUUUCGCCGCCUGAGUGGCCGCGAGAAGAAGGAGAUGCAGAAGGAGAUCUUGUCCAUCCUGGGCCUGCCGGGGCGACCCAGACCCCACCCACCGCUCAGGCCGCCGUCCUCAGCCCCGCUCUUCAUGCUGGACCUGUACCACGCCAUGGCUGUGGACGGCGAGGACGACGGCGGCAACGACAUCAUCGGGCCCGGACCUGUGGUCAAGUUCAGAGGCGGCGAGCGGCGGGCUGCGGUCCACCGCCCGGCGCUGCCCACCCUCAGCACGCACAUGCCGCCGCUCGGCACCGUGGUCAGCGAGGCCGACACCGUGAUGAGCUUCGUCAACCUGGUGGAGCAAGAGCGAGACCUCCUGCAGCCUCGGCCGUACUGGAAGGAGUUCCGCUUUGACCUGACGCCGCUCCCGCAGGGUGAGACGGUUACGGCGGCCGAGUUCCGCAUCUACAAGACGCUGACGUUGGGCCAGAGGGCAAACCGAACGCUGCACAUUUCCGUCUACGAGAUCCAGAGAGACAACAGACACAGGGAGCCUGAGCUGGUGCUGCUGGACAUGCAGUCCGUACCCGCAGGCCAGGAAGGCUGGCUGGCGUUUGACGUCACCUCGGCCUCCAACCACUGGCUCCUGCACCCCCGCAGCAACCUGGGCAUCCGACUCUACGUGGAGACGGAGGAAGAUCGCUCCCUCUCGGCGGCCUGGAUCGGGCUGGUGGGCCGCCGGGGUCCUCGCUCCAAGCAGCCCUUCAUGGUGACUUUCUUCAGGGAGAGCCAGAUCCCCUGUCGGCCCCCCCGCGCCGUCAAGACACACCCCCGCAGGAAGAAGCCCAAAUAUGACCUCCCUGUGCCCAGCAUUCAUAAUCGAAGUCCUGUCAACAAUGGCGGUCAGCCGUGUAAAAAACACGAACUCUACGUCAGCUUCAGUGACCUCGGAUGGAAGGACUGGGUUCUGGCCCCCACAGGCUACUCUGCCUACUACUGUGAUGGAGAAUGUUUCUACCCUCUUGGUGCCUGCAUGAAUGCAACCAACCACGCCCUUAUCCAGCAAGUAGUCCAUCUUCUCAAACCAGACGAGGUUCCCAAGGCAUGUUGUGCCCCCACUAAGCUGAGUCCUAUCUCUGUGCUCUUCUAUGACGACAACAACAACGUCAUCCUCAAGAAGCAUCGCAACAUGGUGGUGAAGAACUGUGGCUGCCUAUAAAGAAAUGGUUUAACCAGCACACUUAUUUAAAUAUUAUAUUAUUAAAAUAUUGAAGUAUUCUUCCACUUUUUAAGAAGCUACUUUGUAAACAGUAAAGUAUUUAAAAACAAUGUUGGCUUUGUUCAGAAAGAAAAGUAGAGUCUGCUAGUAUGUUUAUUCAUUCAUCUGCUACAACAUGUCAAACAUGAUUAGAGACGCAUUGUGUCUGAUGAUUGUCAGCUAGAAGACCAGGAAAGUGUCCCAGGUGGACAAGGAGGAUGUGAGGUACUUGUGACGUCUGAAUGACGUUUAGUGGUUUGUAAGCGUCCUGCUCACACAAACUGUCCAACAAACAAAAAGGAAGAAUGUGCAACAACCAACACUGAAACUCAUCCUUCUCAAUAACUGAUUCAUACAAUAAAUACUUGUUGGCUGUUGUUCAGUCCAUGUCUUCGACAGGUUCCAAUGUCUUUACAGCACACUGCGUGCUGACUUCCAACUGCUCCACAAGUCAAUGCUUUCGUCCAACUGCUUUGUCUAAAAUGGGGGGAGUGUGUAAAAAUGUUGAAGAAAUUAUCACUAAGACUUUAUUUUUUAAUCUAUGACAAAGUUCAAUGUUAUUUGAGCAACACAUUUGAUUAAACGUUUGUUUUUUCAGGGCCAAUACGAUGAAUAAGGAAGCUGUUGGCUGAUACUUGGAGCAUAUAUUCAUUUGCCGUAAAAAAUAUUUUAAAAUAUGAUUAGUUAACAGUGGGUUGUUUUUCAGUAAAGGUCAGAGCAAUGUUAAGCAUUAUUACUUGUGUCUUACAGGAGCAUCAACAUUUGCAUUUGAAAGUUGGUAAAAAUAUGGAAUGUUCCUGCAACUCGCCAGCUACUCAAUUUUAUAGAAUUUAUGGAUUUAACAGCAGGACAUCAGCACUGCAUUAGGUGGAGAGAAAAUUAAUUAUUCUCACAAGAACUCAAAUAUGAAAACAUUUUAGGGAGAAUUAUUGACUAGAGUAGUUUUUGUUAUUGAAUGAAUAAAGAAGGAAACUUCGCUCAUGCAAUGCAAAAAGGUCAGUGCUUUUUACUUCACUAUUUUUUUUUUUUUUAAUAAUACUGGUACUAGUAAACAUAAAUAAAAACUAGGGGGCGCUAGAGUGCAAUUUUCAUUUUUGGGGUUUGGUUUUUUGACUAAAGUGUUGUGUACGCGUUUUUUUGAUGUGUGUGUACAAUUUGGUGAGUUUUGAAACAUGUUAAGGUUUUGAAGCAUGUUAAGGGGGGCAAAGCUGCGGAAUAAUAAUAAUAAUAAUAAAACCUUACAAUAACAAUAGGUCCUUUUCGUCCCAUUGCAAAAGGACUCCCUUUGGGAUUCCUUUGACAAUGGGCCGUGCGGGCCCUAAAAAGGUUGAUACUGAUAUAUAUCAAAAUGGCAAAUAUUGGCACUGAUAAUGGGUAAUCUCUGCUACUAGAGCACCACCUGGUGGACUUUUCCGUCACUUCUGCCCCAAAAAGAUUAACUUUAGUGAUCACAUAUAUAUAGAGUUAUUAAAGAGCAUGAAAAUGAUAUUAUCCCUAGACACUUUUUACUGUUUUACUGAAGAAACCAAAACUAGUCAGCACAAAAAGACUAUUAUUAUUACAUUAUUUCUUCAGUCUAAUAAAUCAAACGCAAAAUAGUUUUUGGUUGGCUAUGAAGCCUAAAGCUCAGUGGCCUUGUGGUAGCGACCCAUUGUCUCCCUGCUUGGCACUCAGCAUCAAGGGUUGGAAUUGGGGGUUCAUUGAGGGGAGCAGUGAGCAGCAGCGGUGCCACACCCGGGAAUCAUUUUUGGUGAUUUACCCCCCAAUUCCAACCCUUGAUGCUGAAUGCCAAGCAGGGAGGUAAUGGGUCCCAUUUUUAUAGUCUUUGGUAUGACUCGGCCGGGGUUUGAACUCACAACCUACCGAUCAGGGCGGACACUCUAACCACUGAGAGGGCUAGUGAGCAUAAAGGAGAAGUUUUUAUAUUGUGUGGGAAAGUAACAACUUCUUGGAAGUUAACGGUAUUUUAUUUUAAUAACCUCUUUUAUUUCACACUACUUUUUGAAAGAGGUAAUUUUUUAUUUGAGGUGCGCCAAUAAUAAACACCCUGAAUGCAGCAAAUAAUAACGAUAAACAAUACUAGAGUUGUAAAGUUCUUACCAGCUUGUGGUGGUUCAGGCCUGAAC